AUGGUACCCAGCGAUGCAACCCACUUCCCACGCAAGGGGUACACGGUGAGCGUCCACUACGUCGGAAAGAAACAGACCAUUCAGUUUUUGAUUCAAGCCAUGCGAGGCACACGCCCCUCCAGUGCAAGAUCGGGCUUGGACAACUCAUCAGAGGUUGGGAAGAGGUUCUCCCCAAGAUGAGCGUUCACCAGAAGAUACGGUUGACCGUACCGCCAGACUACGGGUACGGGAUGAACGGCUACCCUCCGAUAGUGCCGGCGAACGCCACCUUGAUUUACGAGAUGGAACUCUUGGGGUUCGCCGCGCCAUAGUGAAGCGCAUGCGAGC